UGAAACUAGUGAAAAGUAUAUUGAAUUUUUAAAAUGGUGAACAUUGUUAUGAACAGUUUGUUUAUACCUUCGUAUAACCUAUAUCGGACAUUGAAAACUGUUUGCCCGCGAGUAAGAUUUGCGCCUAGUCCCACGGGAUAUUUACAUUUGGGUGGUUUAAGGACCGCUGUUUAUAAUUAUUUAUUUGCAAAAUCAAGAGGUGGUGUAUUUAUUUUGCGGAUAGAAGAUACAGAUCAAACCAGAAAAGUGCCGGGUUCGGUGGAGGCUCUUGUAAAGGAUUUAAAUUGGGCGGGCCUUGAAUAUGAUGAAGGACCUGGAAAAGACAGUCAAUAUGGACCUUAUAUUCAAAGCGAACGAUUGAAUAUAUAUAAAGAUCACAUAGAUAAAUUACUUAACAAUGGAUCUGCAUACCAUUGCUUCUGCACAGAAAGGAGACUGAAUAUAUUGCGGAGGGAUGCUGUUAAGUUACAAAGAGUGCCCAAGUAUGACAAUCGGUGCAGACAUCUGACACCGGAAGAGGUCAAGGAAAAAAUUAAAUCUGGAAUUCCAUAUUGUAUUAGAUUUAAGCUUACCUCAGACAUCCAAUAUUACCAAGACAUGGUGUUUGGUAAUAUAGCUUAUGAUGUAUCUCUGAAUGAAGGUGACCCUGUACUCAUAAAAGGUGAUGGUUAUCCAACAUAUCAUUUUGCUAAUGUCGUUGAUGAUCAUCUUAUGGAAGUGAGUCAUGUAUUACGUGGUGUGGAGUGGCAGAUAUCUACAACAAAGCAUUUAUUGAUAUACAGAGCUUUUGGAUGGACGCCACCAGAAUUUGGUCACUUGCCAUUGAUUGUAAAUUCAGAUGGAACAAAACUAAGCAAAAGACAAAGUGAUGUCAAAGUGGAAGAUUAUAGAAAUAAUGGUAUACUUCCAUUAGCGCUAGUGAACUACAUUACAUUGUCUGGUGGUGGCUUCGACCACGUCGUUGGCGAAGGAGUCCGUUUGAAGACAAUGGAGGAAUUAACUAAAGAGUUCCAGAUCGAAAGAAUCUCGUCACAUCCCAGUCGGUUAAAUCCAGAUCUAUUGGAGGAAUGCAAUCGAUUGGAGAUAAAGCGGCAACUACAAGAUCAUAAACUGUCAGAACAAUUAAUCGAUAAUUUGCAAGAAUUGAUUAAAACUACUUAUCCAGAACACAAUUUAAAUGUUUCCAAAGAACAUAUAAGAAAUAUCUUAAUAUGGGCUACAUCCAGAAUAACAAGGAUAGAAGAAUUAGUUUCGACAAAGUUCGCAUUUAUGUGGAUACUCCCGACCAUAGACAAGAUAGAAAUAGACAAUAGUUUAUUGGAGAAGUUAGUUCAGGAUUUGGAGAAGAUUGAAAAUUUUGAGGAAGAUUCUCUGAAGAAUCAUUUAAGAAACUUCUCGGAAGAGAAUGACAUUAAAUUUCCAACAUUGAUGAAAAUGCUGAGAUCAGUUCUCAGUGGGCUGAAGGAAGGUCCUGGUGUUGCGGAAAUGAUGCAUUUAUUAGGGAAAAGUCAAUCUUUAGAAAGAAUAAAGGCUGUUAUGCGAUAA